ACCCCAUAAAAAUAAGUGGUUAUGAAAAUGGAUGGAUGAAUCUUUAGCAGACUUGACUACUGUACUAUUAAUGUCUAGCUGCUGUUAGACUCCUAACCGGACAUCCAGAAAAACUGGGCUGAUAACUCAUAUUCUGAGGUCAGUUAGUUGUACAUGUAUGGAAAAAACUGGAUAUUAAAUGGGCUCUAACUCCGGACACAUUUUAAAAUUUGAACUGAAGCUACUGUUUCCCAGGGCCUUUCUUUAAUGGAGAUUAACUGAACUGUUUUUACGUUUUCUUAAUUCUGAACUAUUUAUAUCUAAUAAAUAGUUUAAAUUGUCAAGGAGUUUAUUCGAUCUUUGUGAAGCACUAUUCCGAACUAAAGGUAGGAAAAAGGCGAGUUUUGAAAUGCUGCCUCCUUGUGGUCGCUUCCCUCCAUUGCACCCCUCCAAACCUCAGCAAGGUGGUAUCUCCCACUCGUGAACUCAACAUGGAGGCGCAGUAAACAGCAAGAGUCACCGCCUUAGGCCCCGAAGAGGCGAUGCAGGACCUGACAGCGAUGCAAACCAGCUAAGGCUGCCCACAUCUGCGCCGGGGAAGAAACGCUUUUUAAUCAGCAGAGCCCAAUGGAGAGUGGACCGGUCAUUGGGGUGUACGGAGAGGUCAGCAGCCUCCCGACGCCGGUUUCGGCCCAUGUGGGAGAGGAGCAGCUCCCAGAGGCCCGCCUCUACACGGUGACAGCAGAGUGGAUUCAGAGUGAUUUGGUCCGAGGCUCCAGGCUUCGUUACGCACAGCGGUGGACUCUUAUCGCCGAUAGCAACAACCACAAAAACAUCAGGACUGUCCUCCCAUCAGGACCAUGCACAUCAGUGUCUGGAGAGUUACUGAGUGGCUUUUCUCCCAUUAAAAGCCUGAGGGCUGUCAUCAGGGAAACGGGCAGCCACCAACUCCUAGAGAUAUGGGACUGCCAUGGCCUCAGAAAAUGCCUCAACCUGACUGUUCUGAACAUACACGGCAGAGUGUAUGAUGAUGCCCAGUUUGGCUGUCUGUCAUGGUCGGAGUGUGAGAACAAACUGCUGUACAUAGCUGAGAAGAGCAGGAACCCUUUAACAGAAAGACAAGACAAAGAAUCCGCUCCCAGAGAAGUACAAACCAUCACAAACAAACGCACACAAACUCAGAAGUGGAGUCGGUCAUCUUUAAGAGGAGGGCUUGUGUCCAAACAGGACAGGAGCGUGUACCGUGAGGACUGGGGCGAGGCUCUGGCAGACAGGAGCGUCCCGGUGAUUUGUGUGGUGGAUCUGAACAGCGGCGCGGUCAGCGUGUUACAGGGCGUCCCGCUGGACGUCUCACCUGGACAGGCUCUGUGGGCUCCCGGCAGUCAGUCUGUGUUUUUUGUCGGCUGGUACCAUGAACCCUUCAGACUUGGACUGAGGUUCUGCUCCAACCGCAGGUCUGCUUUGUUCAAGCUUGGCCUGAAUGGACACUGUGAAUGCCUCUCGGGGGACAAUCUGUCAGUGUCCUGUCCGAGGCUGAGUCCGGACGGGUCGGCGUUGAUCUACCUGCAGGGGAAAGUGUUCGGCCCCCACAGCCAGUGCCUGGGGCUGCAGCAGGUACCCAGGGCCCGUGUGUGGUGGAACGUUAACUGUGCACAGUUGGACCUGAAGAGCGGCCGGACCUCCACGCUGCUGGAUGUUGUCAGUAGAGCUCGUCCUGGUGAGUUUGCGGGGGUGUAUGAGGCUCUUCCGUCCGGCUGCUGGUCAGCAGACAGUCAGAGGGUGGUGUUCAGCAGCGCCUGCAGGAACUGGAAGGUGAAGGCUUCGGUCCGGCACACACGGGCUCAGCCGAGCUGGAAGAGCUCAUUCACUCCUCCGUCUGGGUUUCAGGAUCUCUUUAUGGUCGACAGAAGAUCGAAGAAAGUCACAUCCCUCUCUGAUAAUUUCUGCGAUCCUUCCGGAGGUUUCGGCUGCUGGAAGCUGCUGACGGUCCAGAGGGACCUGAUGAUAGUCUGCUGCUCCAGCCCCAGCACGCCCCCCACCCUGAUGGUGGGCUUCCUCCCGUCGGCGGGCGAGGCGGUCAUCUGGAGAACUCUGCAGCGGCCUGCCUCCACCUUUGACUUCCACUGGAAAACCUUAGACGUCACGCCUCCGCCAGAGGAGGACCACAAACAGUAUGGCAGUGCACCCAUCUCCAUGCUGAAGCUCUCUGCAUUUCUGUCUCAUGAAGCCGGUUUAGACUUCGGGGCGGUGCUGGUCAAACCGGCCCAUCACCUUUGUGAUGGCAGAGUUCCUCUGGUCGUCUUCAUCCAUGGGGGGCCCCACUCUCAGUUCCCCGCUGAGUGGAACUGCACCACGGCGGGGUUGGUUCAGCUCGGCUUUGCUGUGCUUAUGGUGAAUUACCGGGGAUCAACAGGGUUUGGCCAGGACAGCAUCUUGUCCUUGAUUGGUCAGAUCGGGAGUCAGGAUGUCAAAGACGUGCAGCGGGCUGUGCUCACUGCACUGCAGAGCGACACGACCCUUGACCCUAAACGGCUGGCAGUGAUUGGCGGUUCUCACGGCGGCUUCCUGUCCUGUCAUCUACUGGGUCAGUACCCAGAGGUCUACAAGGUGUGUGCCGCCAGGAACCCCGUCAUCAACGCUGCUACGCUACUCGGAACCAGCGACAUCGUGGACUGGCGAUACUCAAGUGCAGGAUUUCAGUUCUCUUAUGACAACAUACCCACUGCGGAGACCCUGGCCUCCAUGUUGGAGAAGUCGCCCAUCACGCAUGCCGCCCAGAUCAGGGCUCCUGUGCUGCUGAUGCUGGGUGGCAAAGACAGGCGAGUGUCUCCUCACCAGGGUCUGGAGCUUUACAAAGUGCUGAAGAGCAGAGGUUCCCCUGUCAGGUUGCUGUGGUUUCCAGAGGAUGGGCACUCUCUGUCCAGAGUGGACACGCAGACGGACUGCUUCCUCAACACCGUGCUGUGGCUGCACCAGCACCUCUGAAGCCACGACGGCAGCCACUCGCAUCGGGAUGAAACUCCUGCCGCUACUGAACAUGUCCAGAAUGAGACUGAACGGAUUUGUGAUGACAAUUUCAACAUUUCUGCACAAAACUGCCUUUCUGAUAACAAAUACACCUUCUUUGUAUUAGAGUACUGCCUAUAUUUGUAAAGAAAAAGAAAAAUCCCAGUGAAUACACGUAAUAAAGACAAUUUAAACAA